AUGUCCACCCAAGAGAAUUGCUCCGCUGAAAACUGCUACCAAUGUCUAGCGAAUAAGUUUUGGAAAAUGCAAGAUGAUCUUAUAAACACAAGAUUUUGUCUGAGGUACUGCGAAAAUGAGAAACAACGACUCGAGGCUCAACUUGCAACCGGAAAAUCUGAGAUUCAACGACUCGAGGCAAGGCUCAAUGAUGCGAAUACGACUAUCGGCUACAACGAGGAAAAAAUAGAAGAGCUGGAGAGAGAAUUGGAUGUUGCUAGUCAAAAAGAAAGUGAGCUCCAGGUGCAACAUGCCACGGUGAUGAUUAAGAAGAACUUGGUGAUCCAAGAGCUGGAGAUUAAGCUAGUGGCUAGUAAGGAGCUCCAGGAGCAACAGAAUCUGAAAGUGCUUGAGUUAUUAGGUGUCCAGAAGAAAAGUUGUGAGAAGAUUCAAGAGCUGGAGAGCAAGCUCAGCGAUAACAAUCUGGCACUCCAAGAUUUAAAAAUCCAGCUAUCUGCUGCUCCCCAUCAAUGCGCCAAUAAGAUCAUGGAGCUCCAAGUGCAUCAUGACAAAGAGCUCAACGACAAGGAUCAGGUCAUCCAAAAACUGGAGACCCAUCUUACCACUGUCCAGGAACAACACUCCAAGGCGAUGAACGAGAAGGACUUGGAAAUCCAGCAGCUUGCUAUCAAACUGGUGGCAAGUCUAGAGGAGAAUGUGGAGAAUAUUAAGGAGGUUAACAGACAGCAAUCGAGAAUUCAGAAGCUUCAGGAGGAGAGUUUGGAGACGGAACGACGACUUCAGGAUCUGGUGGAGAUGUUGAAGGGAGUAGUGCAUCAGAAGGAGAAGGAGGUUGCCACUGAGCCCAGUGAUGUGCACAUUGAGCUCGGUAAGCUCUAUAUGGAGCUCCAAAAGGCUAAAAAGUCGCAGGAGGCGCUCGUAGCUGCUAAAGACAAAGAAAUCGAGGAUCUGACGAAGCAACAUGAGGCGAAGACUUCAGAAUCUGCAGAAGAUGAUUUGGAAACCACCCAACCGCCAAAAAUGAAGAUGACAGUGCAAGAGCAGAAGAUUCAUAGACUCGUCGAGGAGCUUCAAAGAGAGAAAAGAGCGCAUCAGGAGACCCGUUUCAUCCUGGAAUCCGCCCAAUCCCGCAUCCAACAACUGGAAUCGAUCCUCCCAAACGAACGAGUUCGAAAGAUUCAAGAGCUCAAUUCUGGAAUGAAGAACUCAUCGAGAAUGAUUGAAGACUUAUUGGAGCAGCGGAAGGAGAUCAAUGAGAGCAAGACGAUGAGAGCCCAGGAUCUGAGGGCGGAGCUUAUUGCAAAAGGGGACGAGCUGAGAAUAGUGAAAGGAGAAAAGGGAGAGACAGAUCUGCAGUUAAGUAUCUGUCAGUUGAAAUUGAGUUGUAAGACGGAGGAGGUGAAGGUGUUGGAGGCGGAGACUCAGAAAUUGAUAAAGAGGAUUCGGGAUAUGGAGGUGGAGCUGGAUGAGUCCUAUCAAGCGAAUCAUGAACUCAGGGUCAAUAAAUUUGAUAAAAGUUUAGUUGACACCUACCGCCAUCACUUUGACAUGAAGAGUAGCCAUUUGGAGUUUGUGCUCGAGAAUCUUAGAGAGACGGAGGCGGAGCUGUCGGAGCUAAAGAAUAUGGAUCCACAAGAAACCGUAUUACCAAUUAGUGAGCUUCUGGAACAGCUGGAAUCGCUGAAAUCUGAAAAGAUGGAACUCGAAAAGAAACUGAAGAAUAAUGAGUUGAAGAAGAAAUCAAAGGGAAAAAAUGGAUAUACUCAUCAAGGAGGACACCGAAACGGGUAUAACAAUAAUUAUCAUCAAUAUUAA